CUUACCGUUUCUGGAGGAUGUUACUUCCUGGUCCAGUGUGUCAAAGGUCCACUUUAUUGCAGGUUGUCUUGUGUUUGUGUCUCCACAUAUUUGGUCAGUGUUCACUUCAGGAAGUCACUGGAGGAAUGGCAAAGCUACUCCCGCCCUGCAUGCUCUCAGCAGGAUGGCCACACCCCUUGCCCCAAGUCAUUGUGUCGACAGGUAUUUGCUCAAAUGAUGUCAUGGUGGUGCUAGAUGAUACUUUUUACUUUAUCAAGAGGGGGGAGAAAUGGUCAGGCAGGAGGAUGGGAUGUAUACUUACAAACCCACAGAGUGAAAGAGAUCCCAGACAGGUGCGGCAGUAUUGUCAGCAGAGAGGAGAGCAGAACGUCCAGGAUGACAAGGAAGAGACGAGGCCGGGGCACCAACGCUCAGCAGCAACAGGCCCCGCAGGGACAGAGAGGAGGCCAACGCAGGGCUCUGAGGGAGCCAGCUGCUUACGCAAAGACUACAGGCUAUGAAUCAGAUGUCCCACAUGAAAAGUUGACCAUUGCCCAAGCAAGGAAGGGAACACCAGCAAAUCGCCCAGUGCGAGUCUACGCAGAUGGCAUCUUUGAUCUUUUUCAUUCGGGCCAUGCUCGAGCUCUGAUGCAGGCCAAGAAUGUGUUCCCCAACACACACCUGAUAGUGGGAGUCUGCAGUGAUGAACUCACCCACAAGUUCAAAGGCUACACAGUGAUGGCGGAGGAUGAACGUUAUGACGCCCUGACGCACUGCCGUUACGUCGACGAGGUGGUGCGGGACGCUCCCUGGACACUUACUACAGAGUUCCUCAAGAAACAUAAGAUUGAUUUUGUGGCCCACGAUGACAUCCCGUACACUUCUGCUGGAUCACAGGACGUUUACAAACACAUUAAGGAAGCAGGGAUGUUUGUGGCCACUCAGAGGACAGAAGGCAUCUCCACAUCUGAUCUUAUCACUCGUAUCGUCCGAGACUACGACAUCUAUGUUCGACGCAACCUGCAACGAGGCUACACAGCCCGAGAACUCAAUGUUGGCUUCAUUAAUGACAAAAAGUAUCGUCUCCAGAACCAGGUGGAAAAGGUGAAAGAGACUGUUCGUACGGUGGAGGAAAAGUCCAAACACUUUGUCUACAGAGUGGAAGAGAAGAGCCAUGACCUUAUCCACAAAUGGGAAGAAAAGUCUCGAGAAUUCAUUGGAAACUUCCUCGAGCUCUUUGGACCUGAUGGAGCCUGGCAUGCAAUCCAGGAGCGGAGUGGCCGUGUGCUCCAGGCCCUGUCCCCCUACUCUUCACCCCGGGGUUCCCCGAGCAGCAGUCCCACCAGAAGACGCUCAGUUUCUCCUGACUCCUCUCAUAUGUCAGCCUCAGUUUCUGCUACAAACUCCUCAUCCCUCUCGUCUCUCUCCCCUCCAUCCUCUCCAGCUUCCCCCUCCUCCCGUAAAAAGAAGAAGCGGGCAUCUCGCAAAGCAGUCCCCACGAAAAACUGAUCACACGGAUCAUCUGCAUUCAGUUUUAUGACAGGCUAGAAUCCUGUAGAUAUUAUGUGUAAGGAGGCUUACAGCCAAUGAUACAAAUAAAAUAUGAGUAUUUUAUGACAGGUUGAGACAAGUGCAAGUGUAAUAUAUAUUAUAAUGUACAUAAUGUAUCUACACUGAAAAGCGAUGUCAGCAAUUCAGUAUAGAACAUUUAUUUAACAAAACAAUGAUAUAGAGAAAUGGGAUUAAAAUGUUGCUUGGAUGAAA